AUGUGGGAGCUGCGUCCCCUCCUGCUGCUGCUCUCGGGGGUCCUGGUCCUAACCCAAAACCGGGCGGUCCCCCACUCCCUGAGGUAUGUCUACACCACCGUGUCCCGGCCCGGCUGCGGGGAAGCCCGCUUCAUCGUCGUCGGCUACGUGAACGACAUGCAGUUUCUGCGUUUCGACAGCGACUCGGCUAGUCAGAGGGCCGAGCCGCGGGGACUGUGGGUGGAACGGGAGGACCCCGAGUACUGGGAAGAGGUGACGCGGAUCUGCAAGAGCAACGCACUGGAUUCCCGAGUGAGCCUGAGCAACCUGCGCGGCUUGUACAACCAAAGCGAGGCGGAUUCUCACACCCUUCAGUGGAUGCAAGGCUGCGACAUGGGAUCCGACGGGCGCCUCGGACGCGGGUACUACCAAUCCGCCUACGACGGGGCCGACUACAUCGCCCUGAACGAGGAUCUGCGCUCCUGGACGGCGGCGAGCACACAGGCUUGGAUCACCCAGCGCAUGUGGGAGCAGGCGGGUGAGGCUGAGUACCAGAGGAACUACCUGGCGGGGGAGUGCAUACCUUGGCUCCUCAGUUACCUGGAGAAAGGAAACGAGACGCUGCUGCGAGCAGAAGCCCCCAGAAGACACAUAUCCCACCACCCCUUCUCUGACCAUGAGGUCACCCUGAGGUGCUGGGCCCUGGACUUCUACCCUGCCGAGAUCACCCUGACCUGGCAGCAUGAUGGGGAGGACCUGACCCAGGACACAGAGCUAGUGGAGACCAGGCCUUCAGGGGAUGGAACCUUCCAGAAGUGGGCAGCUGUGGUGGUACCUUCUGGAGAGGAGCAGAGAUACACGUGCCGUGUGCAGCACCAGGGGCUGCCAGAGCCUGUCACCCUGAGAUGGGAGCCCCCUUCUCAGUCCACUAUCCUCACUGUGGGCAUCAUAGUUGGCCUGGUUCUCCUUGGGGCUGUGGUCAUUGGAGCUGUGGUGGGAGUUUGGAUCUGCAGGAAGAAGCACUCAGGUGAGAAAGGAGGAAAGUACACUCAGGCUGCAAGUAACGACAGUUCCCAGGGCUCUGACGAGUCUCUCAGGAACCCUAGAGGUAAGACUCUGGAGGCUGUUUGUGAGACAGCUGCCCCGCUGGAUUUUCUCACAUCCCAGUGUUGA